AUCAAUCAACAUGAUUCCCAUUGUUCUGGCCUCAGUGCUCAUCGCUUGCGCCUUUGGGUGCGGCACCCCUCCCAUUGAGCCUCUGACCACCCGUGUGGUCAAUGGAGUGGACGCCAAGCCCCACAGCUGGCCCUGGCAGAUCUCUCUGCAGUAUGAGAGGGACGGUGAGUGGAGACACACCUGUGGUGGAUCUUUGAUUGCUACCAACUGGGUCAUGACCGCUGCGCACUGUAUCAACCCCAGCCUGUCCUACAGAGUGUUCGUUGGAAAGCACAACCUGGUUGAGACUGAGGAAGGCUCCCAGGCUAUCAUCCCUGAGAAGCUUGUUGUCCAUGAGAAGUGGAACCCCAUCUUUGUGGCCUUUGGAAAUGACAUUGCCCUGAUCAAGUUGUCUGAGCAUGUGACCCUGACUGACCAUGUGCAGCUUGGCUGUAUCCCUGCUGCUGGCACUGUGCUGGACAACCAGUACCCCUGUUACGUCACUGGCUGGGGAAGGGUCUACACCGGAGGCCCCAUUGCUGAUAACCUGCAGCAGGCUCUGAUGCCCGUGGUGGACCACGCCACCUGCUCCAAGCCCGACUGGUGGGGCAUCGCUCUCAGGACCACCAUGGUGUGUGCCGGAGGAGAUGGCAUUGUCGCCGGCUGCAACGGUGACUCUGGUGGGCCCCUGAACUGCAAGAACCCAGAGGGAGUAUGGGAGGUCCAUGGAAUUGCCAGCUUUGUUUCUGGUCUGGGCUGCAACUACGUGAAGAAGCCCACCGUCUUCACCCGCGUCUCCAACUUCAACGACUGGAUCGACCAGGCUAUGAUGAGCAACUAAAGUGGAGCAGAAUGGGGAAUUGAGUUUAAUUU